AUGGCAUCCGACUACACGACGUGGAAGAUUGACGGAGAGGUGAAGCUCCGCAUGACCGAGUCGGGAGCCGGUGCGCGUCCCGCUAUCACGGCCUCGCAGGCGUUCCAGAGCACCUUGGCCAAGUACGGAUCGGCUAACGCGCUCCACUACAAGCAGGGUGGCGAGUGGAAAUCGUACUCGUUCCAGACGUACUAUGACAAGUGCUGCCAGUUUGCCAAGUCGCUGCUGCACGUCGGUCUUGACCGCUACCAGGCCGUGAGCAUCAUUGGCUUCAACUCGCCGGAAUGGGCCAUUGCUGACAUUGGCGCGAUCUUUGCCGGUGGCGUAGCGGCUGGCAUCUACACGACCAACUCGCCCAAGGCGUGCGAGUACAUUGUCACGCACUCGGACGCUGGAGUCGUGGUGUGCGACGGUGUGUCGCAGCUGGAGAAGUUUCUAGCGAUUCAGGACGACAUUCCGAAGCUCAAGGCACUCGUGAUGUGGAACGACGUGGUGCCGGAAGGCAUUCAGUCGAAGGUCCCUGUCUACUCGUUCGACGACUUUCUCAAGCUUGGCAGCAACGUCAAGGACGAGACACUCCAGGAGGUCAUGGAUUCGCAGAAACCUGGCAACUGCUGCACGCUCAUUUACACCUCUGGCACCACAGGUGACCCGAAGGCUGUGAUGAUCUCGCACGAUAACGUUGUGUGGAUCAUCAUGAGCGUCAUUGAUAUGCUUGAGCGCAACUACAAUUACACUGUGACCAACAACGACCGGCUCGUGAGCUACCUGCCCAUGUCGCAUGUUGCCGCCCAGCUGAUCGACAUCUGGUUGCCUGUCUGUGCCGGCACGCAGAUUUUCUUUGCACAGCCUGAUGCUCUGAAGGGAUCUCUGGGUGUGACGCUCAAGGAGGUGCGUCCGACGUUUUUUUUCGGUGUGCCCCGUGUAUGGGAGAAGAUUGCCGAGAAGAUGUGGUCAAUUGCGGCCCAGACUCACGGCAUCAAAAAGCGUAUCGCAGCGUGGGCGAAGGACAAGGCUGCUCAAAAGACAGCACUUGCACAGUACGGUAAUUCGGGAGGAGCUCCUUGUGGUUUCGGUGUUGCCAACGCCGUUGUGCUCAUGCGUGUAAAAGAGGCGCUUGGUCUGGACCAGUGUAUCGCGAGCUUUAGCGGUGCCGCACCCAUUAGCCGUGAGAUCGUCGAGUACUUUGGCUCGCUGGAUUUGCCGGUGUAUGAGUUUUUUGGUCAAAGCGAGUGCAGCGGCCCGCAAACGUGCAGUAUGCAGGGGAAUUGGAAGAUCGGUACAUGCGGUCGCACGAUUGACGGCGCGGAAACGAAGGUCGUGCCUGGUACGGAUGAGUUGAUCUUCGGUGGUCGCAACAUCAUGAUGGGCUAUCUCAAGGGUGAACAGCAGACGAAAGACGCAAUCGAUGAGGAGGGUUGGCUUCACUCUGGUGAUUGCGGCGGUAUUGACGAAGAUGGUUUCAUGACGAUCACCGGUCGUAUCAAAGAGCUCCUUAUUACGGCCGGCGGUGAAAACGUCCCGCCUGUCAUUAUUGAAGAAACGAUCAAGGAAGAGCUACCGCUACUAUCGAAUGCGAUGGUGGUUGGCGACCGUCGCAAAUUUUUGGCUGCAGUGUUCACGCUGCGUGUGACUGUAGACAAGGACGGUCAGCCCACCGACACGCUGGACGAGAAAGCGCUCAGCAUUAUGAAGGAGAUCGGCAGCUCCGCAAAGACGGUAAAGGAGGCUCGUGCUGACGAGAAGGUAAAGAUGUACCUUGAUGCGGGUUUGAAGCGCGCCAAUGGCCGUGCCACGUCGCGUGCGCAGAACGUGGGCAAGUACGUCGUGCUCGACCACGACUUCUCCAUUGACAGCAAUGAGCUGACGCCAACGUUGAAGCUAAAGCGCAAGGUCGUUCACGAGAAGUACGAGUCGGUGAUCGAGGACUUGUACGCGUAA